GUGGUGUAUCACAUUUAAAAGUUGUUGCCUGUUUCGUUCGCUUGACCGUACAGUUAUUAGGCUGUUUUUUCUCUAACAUAUUCAUCAUUAGUACGAAACUUUUAUGGCAGCAUCCCUAAGAGACGAUGAGCUGCGGAGGGAACUCAAGGCUUUGGGCUUUGAUCCAGGUCCGAUAACAGCAACUACGAGGUCUGUUUAUAUAAAAAAACUCGAAAAGCUCCAAAAGGAGAAGAAGUCAUUCACUGUGGGUAUUUCAACACAAGAAGCGUCAGAAACACCUAAACAAAUAUCUAAGUCACGCAAAUCAACUGGGACUAUAAAUUCAAGCUCUUCAGGAACACAAGGUUCCAGUGUAAUCAGUCGUAAGCAUACAACUAUCGAAUCGAACCAUGACAUAGGAACAGAGAAUAAACACUUUCCCAGUAAACAAUAUUCAAAAUCCAAGCCACCUCUUACCGGACAUAAUGUGGAUUUAUCUGAACCUUACACUGACAUACUUCCGAGCUUAAUUCCAAUAGGAACAUCUCAAGCGGAACCCGUGAAUAAGUUUCGUAACGAUUCUGAUAUGAUCAAUUCAGUUUCUUCACAUAAGCAGUAUCCUGCACAAAGAUUUUCACGUGACCUCAAUCAGAGCGCAGUUGAUUAUACACCCACCAGGAAAACGUAUAUUUAUAUUAAGGAUGAUUCUGUAGACGAUGAUACAGAUGAGGAAUUAUCAAAACCAAGUUCGAUGUCAUCCACCUUGUCCAGAGUUACUGGUUGGCUCAAUCGGAGUGCCCAUGAAUUUACGAAACCUAGGUCUUCAAGGGAUGAGUCUGUUUAUGAAAAAUCCAAACUUAGUGUUCGUCGUUCCUCACACAGCAAUGAUCGUUUACAAAUAUCAGAUACAGAUAGUUCUGAUAUAGAAAAGUCCACUCAGAGCCCUUUCUUCAAGAGACUAUAUUCCUCUCCAUUCAGGAACAUGAAAUCGCGAGAUACUGGAAUCACAACGUCUCCUGGUCUUCUCUUCACUCCACCAUCUAGGAAUCUUGAUAAACCGACAUAUCACGGUGUUUCUAUUUUAUCUGAAGAUACUGAUUUAAAUGAUCUUGUUCGUAGCCGAAAGCAGCGUGAUCAAAAGAACAGCUUUUCAAAUUAUUUCUUAUUUGGGAAGCAUUUCCCUUGCAGUGUCUCAAAUAUCCCUAAUUUGAUUCUUAUUUCAAGCAUAAUCGUGUGUUUUAUGUUAGUUGCAAGUUAUUUAUUCUUGAAGGAUCACCAUGGAGAAGUUGGUAAAAUGGCAGAUGUACAGAAGUUGCUUUGUCGAUCUCCAGGCGACUACAAUAAUAGUCUUACAAAAGGCUUACAUCGCUGCCUACAUGAAGAUGAUCUAACUGCAUCCUUAUGGGUUCUUGGGAUUUUAUAUGAUAUUCUCAGUCGUUACGCUGGAGAGUUUUACUGUAAAGUUGGAGUUUUAACUAGUCCUCGUCUAGAUGUACCUUCUGCUGAACGUUUAGUUGAGCACAGCUUACAAAUGAAAGGCUGGCCAACAUUUCCGAAAACUGAUUUUCGUCGGGUGUGGGAUAAUACACUUUAUGUGUUACUUCAUGUUGGGAAGACACAUUUUAGUCUUGUUGCUGUUGACGUUAGCAAAUCUGAACUAGGACCACUCAAUCGAGUAAUCCAAAUCACUGAACUUGAAAGUCUUAAACCAUAUUUUCCUGGCGUUUGUCGACUCCGACGGUGUUUUCAAUGGUUUGCUGGUGUAUGCGUAACUUUUUUCUGGAUCGUAUUAGUUUGUGUGAUUAUUUUGGGGGUUUGUUAUGGAGUUUAUCUACUUCGCUCUAGAAAAUUACGCGCAUUAGAACGUCAAAACUGUCGAGUAAGAGAACUGGUGGCAGAAGUUGUAUACUUGCUACAAGAUCAGUUACGAGAAAAUGAAGCCAGUGCUAAUCAGCCUCCUUAUGUUCCUGUCUAUAUGAUACGUGACCGCUUGCGUCAAAAACAUCACGACUUAGACCGGUUGUGGCCUGAAGUUACGCGUUAUGUUUAUGAAGUAGAAACUUGUAUCGGUGUACAAGAAUGGAGAGGUGUAGGUGAAACAUGGCAGUGGCAAAGCGGCACAGGUUGGCAAGGUUCUGCACUUAUGGACACGUCACAGAAGCCAAGUUUUAUUGUUCCCCCAACGGAGUGCCUGAAAAUAAGGAAUAUGUUUUCUACUGAGUAAGUGUCCUCAUGUUAAUAAUGUUUUCUUUAGAUACAGUCACAUAUGUGUUAGUGCUUAUUAUAAAGUAAAAAUUGUUUAAGGUUCAUGUGGUUUUGAGGCCAUAACUUUGUACUAAUUAUAUGUCUCGUUUUCUUUCACUAUAUUAUAGAAGUAUCGAUGAACGUGGACGUAAAAGAAUCAAACGCGAACUCUUAAAAAAAUUAAUGCCUUGUGGGUCCAUUUUACACAUAGGUUUAGAUAGUGUUGGAAUAAAUGUAAGUGAUUUGCUAAAAUUGUUGGAGCAAUGCCGUCAAACAAGGGUUCUUCAUAUUACUUAUUUUUAAAUCCUAGUUUUCAGCUAACUCCAAUUACAUAAAUUUGAAUAUCCGGAUUGUUGUAUUAGUUUUUAAAAUAAAUGUUGUUUGGCCACUGGUGCAUAGAUUUGAACAUGUUUUUUUGGUUGGAAUAAUUGGAAAUUGAACCAAAAAGCUAAAUACCUAACAGCAUCUGAUUUCCAAGCAAUUAUCCAUCUUAAAAGUCCCCUAAUUUCUUUCCAUGUGUGUUUACGAAAUGUUUUCAUUCAUCCUCUAGUCGUUCUUUAAAAUAAUCAUGCUAAUUUUCAGCUUUAGUGAAUGUUUUGCUCUCAAAGGCAUAUGGUUUAGUUAAGUUUUUCAGAAAUGGGUUUUAUGGAGAUUGCAGUAAUUUAAAAUUUGAAUUCAUGAGCUUUCACUGUCGUUCUAAACCACAUAAUUAGCACCUACUUUAUAUAGAAGUUGGCGUUUUAAUUAUUUCACAGGAAACAAUCCAGAAAACCUCAGUUUUCCCUCAUAAAUUGAUAUAAUCACUUAAUUCUAUUUUAUUAAGACUUAGCGACAAAAAGCGAUAAAUGCAACAUCAUCUACAAAAUAAAUUGCACCAGUUGUGAAAAGUGUUACUAUUGAACAUAGUGAACUCCCUCUCUGCCUACGCAUAGAUGAACUUUGAUUAGUAGUGAUGUGUCUAAUGACAGAAAAGGCUUCACUAAUAAACCAUUUAGCUCAGAAAAUAACGCCUGGAAUUUUCUGCUAGGAUCUACUGACUUGAGAUUACAGUUCUAUUGGAUCUAGAUUCUAGUUUCGGAAAGAACAAAUAAUCAUUUAGAAUUGAACGAUAUAAUCGUUUUUGAAGUUUUCAAAACUUAUUUUGAUAACAUAACAUUGGCUAUUUUUAACUGGGAUAAGGCGGUAUUCUAGUACACUUAUAACUUUUUUGUUAUUGACUAGUGUUGUUGAAUAGUUUACUACUAGUGAACAAGGCAGCAUUGUUAUUGGCGUUCCUACCGGUAAAAUAGACGCGGAAAUUUCUACGGGAAGUUUUUUCUUUUUUGUCUAGAGACAAAGUUACACUUCAAUUGAUACUUGAGUAAUUUAACGUAUGUGAGGAACCAGCGUUCUAAAAUCGAAUUUUCUAAGAUUUGCUACGAGUAUUCUGUGAUAAUUUUUUCGAAAGAUAGCGUGUUAGUUUUACUUAUUAGUUCUACAAGACCCGUAAAAACUCAUAUUUUUAGUUUCAUUGAUAUAUGAAGGUUAGCGCUACAGUCUAUCUGUGGAUGUGAAAUUAAAUGGGGUUGGUUAAGAAAAUACAAAGUUCCGUCCCAGUUAUCCGAUUUUAUUUUCAGAUCUCGUCUGUGGGACAGUAAUAUUUACUGAAUACAAAUAGAUCCAGUUAAUAUGUAGAAUAUUGACCACUACCAUUAUAUGACGAACUAAAAGCUAUUUGUGAAAUAGCUGUAAUAACCACCUAAGGAAUCAGUUGUUGUUGCACAGUUGUCUCAAGUGGAGCAUUUCAUCUCAAUGGAUGAAUGUGCAGAUAUAUGGGAGAUCAAUCCCACCUAAAUUUUGAAUUAAUGAAUGAUUUGUAAUUUAUAUCCUUUUAUGAUUCAUCGUGCAUUUAACUAGUAGAUAUUUAAAUUGGUUCGACCGGUUUUGUCAAUCAUUCAUCCAAACAAACCGUAGUCUCACAGUGAAGCCUGUUACAAAAUGUGGUUCAUGUUAAUGGACCUCUGUAAAUAUACAUUACUAAACAUCAUUACAUGAAUCGUAGUGAAAUAAUAUUUUGCGUUACCCGAUUGAUGUUAAGAAAGGAGCCAAACUGUGAACUUACUGUCGAUAAUAAUAUGAUAUCUGAUAGCCUAAACAUGUGUUUCAGUUGAGAAAUAAUUCAUUCUAUGUUUAACCUAUAAAUAUUUAGCUAGCUGUGUUACACUUCUAAACGUAGCAUCAGUUUUAUCUGAAGGCAUGAAACCAACCUGAAUAUAUCUUUAAUUUGUUCAAACGAUAUUUUUUAGUCAUAAAUAGAUAUCUGUUGUGAAUUUUCGGCUUUCUCGAUUUUUUCAUCUCAGGGAUUGGUGUAUGUAAAGUGUGCAGAUCCGGAAACUGCAGGUCGCGUUUUCCACUCGAUACAUGCUAAUUAUUUUGAUGGUCGUUUGUUGACUGUAAAGUUCUUACGGGAUAAUAAAUAUUGUUUACGCUUCCCUGAGGCUCAUAGUAUAAAACAGCCACUUCAAAUAGAAGAUUUCGAAUGAAUAAUCAGUAGUCGUGUGUAUUACAAAUUGUUAAAAAGAUGUGUUGUACUAUAAUUCUACCUAACAGUUUUUAAUGAGUUUCGUUUUUGAUAUGUAUACUUAAAAUUGUUCGGUGUUCCACUUUAUAAAAUCGCAUUUACACAACAUCUAUUAUUACCACUACAUUUUCCAGUCUUUUUUAAUGCAUUUUUCAUUUAUGUUAUUAUUUACUUUGUAGAGUUUGUAUAUUUGUUUAUCAAUUUACUGUAUUUUUAAGCUUUGUAAUCUUGCGUUUAUAUUUUCUGAAUAAAUUAUAUGCUGUU